AUGCCCAAAGAAAAAUACGAGCCCCCUGACCCUCGGAGGAUGUACACAAUUAUGUCCUCUGAGGAAGCAGCAAAUGGAAAGAAAUCACAUUGGGCAGAGCUUGAAAUAAGUGGAAAAGUGCGAAGCUUAAGCUCCUCUUUGUGGUCAUUAACUCACUUGACAGCUUUGCAUCUGAGUGACAAUUCUCUGUCUCGCAUUCCUUCAGACAUCGCCAAGCUUCAUAAUCUGGUGUAUCUGGACCUAUCUUCUAAUAAAAUUCGUAGUUUACCAGCAGAACUCGGAAACAUGGUAUCACUCAGGGAACUGCAUUUAAAUAACAACCUGUUACGAGUUCUGCCUUUUGAGCUGGGAAAACUGUUUCAGUUGCAGACUUUAGGCCUGAAAGGAAAUCCACUUACCCAGGAUAUAUUGAACCUUUAUCAGGAACCAGAUGGAACAAGAAGGCUGCUGAGCUAUUUGCUUGAUAAUUUGGCAGGUACUGCAAAAAGAAUUUCAACAGAGCAACCACCUCCAAGAUCUUGGAUUAUGUUACAAGAACCAGAAAGAACAAGGCCUACUGCCUUGUUUUCUGUCAUGUGCUAUAAUGUUCUUUGUGAUAAAUAUGCGACCCGACAGUUAUACGGCUACUGUCCAUCAUGGGCACUAAAUUGGGACUAUAGGAAAAAGGCCAUUAUUCAAGAAAUUUUAAGCUGCAACGCUGAUAUCAUAAGCCUUCAGGAGGUUGAAACAGAACAGUAUUACAGUUUUUUUCUGGCUGAACUGAAAGAACGUGGCUAUAGUGGAUUCUUUAGUCCUAAGUCUAGAGCAAGGACAAUGUCAGAACAGGAGAGAAAACAUGUGGAUGGCUGUGCAAUAUUCUUCAAAACAGAAAAAUUUGCUUUGGUUCAGAAACACACAGUUGAAUUUAAUCAGCUAGCAAUGGCAAAUUCAGAAGGGUCUGAAGCUAUGCUGAACAGAGUCAUGACAAAAGAUAACAUUGGAGUUGCAGUACUGCUAGAACUUCGAAAGGAAUUGAUUGAAAUGUCAUCUGGAAAACCACAUCUUGGAACAGAAAAACAACUUAUUCUUGUGGCAAAUGCUCAUAUGCACUGGGACCCAGAAUAUUCUGAUGUGAAACUAGUACAGACUAUGAUGUUCCUAUCAGAAGUAAAGAACAUUAUUGAUAAAGCCUCUCGAAGCUUCAAAUCCAGUGUGGUGGGAGAAUCUGGAUCUAUUCCACUUGUCUUAUGUGCAGAUCUUAAUUCUUUGCCAGACUCUGGUGUUGUAGAAUAUUUGAGCACUGGCGGAGUAGAAACAAACCAUAAAGACUUUAAAGAACUGAGAUAUAAUGAAAGUCUUACAAACUUCAGCUGUAAUGGGAAAAAUGGAACAACCAAUGGAAGGAUCACUCAUGGUUUCAAGUUAAAGAGUGCCUAUGAAAAUGGCCUGAUGCCUUACACGAAUUACACAUUUGAUUUCAAGGGUAUAAUCGACUAUAUCUUCUAUUCUAAACCUCAGUUGAACACUUUAGGCAUCCUAGGACCUCUGGACCACCAUUGGCUACUUGAGAACAAUAUCAGCGGCUGUCCACACCCACUUAUCCCCUCAGACCACUUCUCACUUUUUGCACAACUGGAGCUCUUACUGCCUUUCCUACCCCAAGUCAACGGCAUUCACCUUCCUAGCAGAAGGUAG